CUGCAGCCUAAACAAAAGGAAAUGUGUAAGAGGCUGUAAGUAACGCCACAUCUAGGGCUCAUAAACGGCACUGCCGUGAAUAGAAUAUUUUGAGGACUCAUUCAUCACAAAAUGGACCCCAUGACAAAAGAGUGAGUAAUGCAUGCAGUUGAUAUGUUAAUGAAUCCACCCCCCAUUACAAGUUGGAGUGGAGUUAACAGUUAAAAGGGUUUGAUGUUGCAAAAAAAAAAAGGCUGAACAAAAUGUUAAAGAAUGAAAUGCUGAGGGGUCAGUCACUGAUAUGGUCUCAUGUCCUUAAGGGUUUUUUUUUUAAUCAGCCAAGGGGUUGUGGACGUUUUUAAAAACCUUGCAACGGAUGAUUCAUCUGUAACUUAAUCAUAAAGAUAAAAAAAAAUCCCUGGCUGUUUAUGGAGGCUACUUUGUGGGUUACGCCUCAAAUGCAGGUUUUUAUUACGAUGGCUCCUUUCCCAGCAGUAGCCCGGUUGAAGGCAUAAUGAAACCCUGAUCCAUUGAUCCAGAGAUCCAGGCUCCGGUAGGACUCUUGUGUUUUCCACGCCUCCCACUUUCACCCCCACUGUGGUGAUUCUCCGGCUCACACAUACACACACACGCACACACACACACACUUUGCCAGACUUCCAGGAGUUGGAGCGACUGAUCGAAGACGGAACACCGACAGCGUUUUAAAAAAAAAGAAAAGAAAAGAAAAGCCAUAUCCUCUUUCACGCAUGGAUAUGUUUUCUUCUCUUGCGGGAUUUCAAGGAGGUGCGAUGGUUUGCGCGGCCAGAAAUGUUUUUGGAGACUCGCACAGGAGAGAAAGAGCACACGUCCUCAACGCUGCAAAGUUGUAAAAGUAGUUUCCCUUGAAGUUUUUUUUUUCUCCCUCCGCCACCAGUUCAGACUCCCGUGUUUCUCCAGCCUGCAGAACCACAGCCAUCAUGGCGAGGCGGACAGGGGGGAGAUCCGUGGUUUUGACGCCGAAUACGCGCGCUGCUUUCCGGGAUAAACACCUUCGGUUUAACACGGGCUUGUUGGCUUUUUCGUGGAGCUUCGUUUUAAUCUGCUCAGCUCUUUCUUGUGGAUAUUGCGGAGCUGAGUCGGAGUUUUCCAUCCUGGAAGAAGCGCAAGUUUUGGCCGAUCAAAUGAAAAAGCUGUCCUCUCAGGAGCUGGGAGUCUUUACUAUGCAGAGGAUUUUCAACUCGUUUGUGUACACCGAGAAGACAUCAAACGGAGAGACAGAAGUGCAGCAGUUGGCCAAGAAGAUUCGGGAGAAGUUUAACCGCUACCUGGAUGUGGUGAACAGGAACAAACAGGUGGUGGAAGCCUCAUACACUGCCCACCUCACCUCUCCACUCACUGCCAUACAGGACUGUUGCUCCAUACCAGCAUCUAUGAUGGAGUUUGAUGGAAACUUCAAUACCAACGUCUCCAAGACCAUCUGCUGUGAUAGACUUUCCCCCACCGUUAACAGCCGAGCUUUCAACCCUGGACGAGACCUCAACUCAGUGUUGGCAGACAACCUCAAGUCCAACCCGGGGAUAAAGUGGCAGUACUUCAGCUCAGAGGAGGGCAUCUUCACCGUCUUCCCCGCCCACAAGUUCCACUGUAAAGGAAGCUACGAACAUCGCAGCAGGCCUGUGUACGUGGCUGCAGUUCGCCCCCAGUCUAAACACAUCGUGGUGAUGGUCGACCAUGGAGCGUCUGUUACGGACACCCAGCUUCAGAUUGCCCGAGACUCUGCACUCGUCAUCCUUAACGCCAUAGAUGAACACGACAAGAUCUCCAUUCUCUCAGUGGCGGAGACGGUGCGUUCCUGCUCUCUGGACCAGUGCUACAAGAGUCUGCUGUCUCCAGCCACCAGUGAGACCAAAAGGAAGAUGAGCACCUUCAUCUCCAACAUCAAGGCUUCCGAUGGCGCCACACAGCACGCGGCGGGCUUCCAGAAGGCGUUCCAGCUACUCCGAAACACCACCAGCCUCAGCAAGCAGGGCACCACGACAGACAUGGUGAUCAUCUACCUGUCGUCCGGUAUCACGUCUCGAGAGUCGUCGGAGCAGGAGAAGAGAGCGACGCUCAGCGUGGUCAGAGAGGAGAACCGACACCUUAACAACUCAGUCAUGAUCCUCACCUACGCCCUCAUGAACGAGGGAGUAACGGGCCUGAAGGAGUUGGCCUUCCUCAGGGACCUCGCAGAGCAGAAUUCGGUGAAGUACGGCGUCGACAGAACGGCAGACAGAUCCUCUUUGGUGUCGUCAUCUGGAUCAGUGGGAGCCUCGGUGAUGCCGGUGGUGAAGGGAAGCAUGAUGGUGCUGAACCAGCUGAGCAACCUGGAGACAACAGUGGGCCGCUUCUACAUCAACCUGCCCAACCGCAUGAUCGACCUGGCCCGCUUUAGCCUGCCCUACGCUGACCCCAUGGGAGACGGAUUUAUUAUGACUGUGAGCCGGCCGUGUUACUUUGGUAACCUGCUGCUGGGCGUGGUCGGGGUGGAUGUGAACCUGGCCUACAUCUUAGAGGAUGUCACCUACUACCAAGACUCACUGGCUUCAUACACCUUCCUCAUUGACAACAAAGGUUACACCCUGAUGCACCCAUCGCUGACACGGCCUUACCUGAUGACAGAGCCUCCCCUGCACACUGACAUUAUCCACUACGAGAACAUCCCAGGAUUCCCUGCUGUCCGACAGAACAUCCUCAGCCUCCCCCUGGGCAGUCAGGUCAUCGCUGUUCCAGUCAACUCCUCUCUGUCCUGGCACACCAACCGGCUCAGGGACAACAGCAAAGAGGCAUACAAUGUCAGCUACGCCUGGAAACUGGUUCAGGACACGUCGUUCAUCCUGUGCAUUGUGUACGUGCAGCCUGAGAUCCCAGUAAAGCAGCUGAAGAACCUGAACACAGCUCCCAGUUCAAAGCUGCUCUACCACCGUUUAGACCUGCUGGGUCAACCCAGUUCCUGUCUGCACUUCAAACAGCUUGCCACUGUUGAGUCCCCCACAGUGAUGUUGGCAGCUGGUAGCUUCUCCUCUCCCUAUGAGCACCUCAGUCAGCCAGAAACAAAGCGUAUGGUGGAGCACUACACCGCCUACCUGAGUGAUAACACCCGGCUCAUAGCCAACCCAGGCCUCAAGUCUUCUGUCAGGAACGAGGUUAUGGCGACCAGUCACGUCACGGAUGAGUGGAUGACACUAAUGGAAAUGAGUAGCCUCAACUGCUACAUUGUGCGCCGUUACAUAGCAACCCCCAGUGGGGUGCUCCGGAUUUACCCAGGAUCGCUGAUGGACAAAGCCUUCGACCCGACCCGCAGACAAUGGUACCAGCAUGCUGUGGCUAACCCUGGCCUCAUCACCUUCACGGGGCCAUACCUGGAUGUGGGUGGGGCGGGAUACGUUGUCACAAUCAGCCACACCAUCCACGCCUCCAGCUCUCAGAUGGCUCCUGGUUAUGCAGUCGCAGUGAUGGGCAUCGACUUCACCCUUCGCUACUUCUAUAAAGUCUUGCUCGACCUGCUGCCCAUCUGCAACCAGGACAAAGGCAACAAGAUCAGGUGCUUCAUAAUGGAGGACAGAGGCUACUUGGUAGCACAUCCCACUCUCAUUGACCCCAAAGGUCAUGCCCCUGCAGAGCAACAGCACAUCACACACAAGGAGCCUCUGGUGGCUAACGACAUCCUUAACCAUCCCAAUUUUGUCAAGAAGAACCUGUGCAACAGCUUCAGCGACCGCACCGUGCAGCGCUUCUACAAGUUCAACACCAGCAUCGUGGGGGACCUCACCAAUCUGGUCCAUGGCAGCCACUGUUCAAAAUACCGUCUGACCAGAAUCCCUGGUACCAACGCCUUCGCCGGUAUCGUCAACGAGACGUGUGACUCUCUGGCGUUCUGCGCCUGCAGCACCGUGGACCGGCUCUGCCUCAACUGCCACAGGAUGGAGCAGAAUGAGUGUGAGUGUCCAUGUGAGUGCCCUCUAGAGGUCAACGAGUGCACAGGCAACCUCACCAACGCUGAAAACAGGAACCCCAGCUGUGAGGUGCAUCAGGAGCCAGUCAGUCUGAAUGUGAUUGAUCCCAGUCUGCAUGAUACCCUGCCCCAGUGCAUCAACACGCGCUGUAGCCAGAGAUACACCAGCAGUGACUGUUUCGGCGUGUUGGACUGUGAGUGGUGCAUGGUGGACAGCGAUGGUAAGACUCAUCUGGACAAGCCAUACUGUGCCCUGCAGAAGGAGUGUUUCGGAGGCAUCGUCGGCGCCAAGAGUCCCUAUGCGGACGGUCUGGGGCUCUUAGCAGAUGAGGAGGUGGCGUCUCUGAACAUGAUCAAGAGUGCCCCUGUGGGUCCAGUUGCUGGGGGCAUUAUGGGAUGUAUCAUGGUGUUGGUGCUGGCUGUGUAUGCUUACAGACACCAGAUUCACAGGCGCUCGCACCAGCACAUGUCACCACUGGCGGCGCAGGAAAUGUCAGUGAGAAUGUCUAACCUGGAUAAUGAGAGAGAUGAGAGAGAUGAAGACAGCCACGAAGACCGAGGAAUCAUCAGUAACACUAGAUUUAUAGCUGCGGUGAUUGAGAGACACACACACACUCCUGAACGGAGACGGCGGUACUGGGGUCGAUCCGGGACAGAGAGCGACCAUGGUUACAGCACCAUGAGUCCGCAGGAGGACAGCGAGAAUCCACCGGGAAACAACGAUCCGCUCUCAGCAGGCGUCGACGUUGGUAACCACGAUGACGACCUCGACCUGGAUACACCUCCCCAAACGGCUGCGUUGCUCAGCCACAAGUUUCAUCCCUACCGGCACACGCAUACACACCACCACCCGCUGCACACGCACCACCUGCAAGCUGCAGUCACCGUGCACAGUGUGGACGCUGAGUGCUGAUCCUCAGCAUGGCAUUGCACCUCCUGCCAAGGAUGGAACUUUUUUUUUUAUUAAAGACUAUUUUUAAAAAAAACAUUUGUGCUUGAUUACACAGUGGGUACUGUCAGGAUGGACAGAGGGAGUGAGACGCCACAUCUGGACUCAAACCCCAUGGUGCCACUGCGCUUCUGGGACCCCCGCCCCGAGUGGAUCUUUUCUUAAUAUGGGCCUCAUGGUCUCAUUGUGCCAACAUCUCCAUCUCAGCUCUUUCUUCACUGAUCCCAAUCUAAAACCUCUGAAGUGUACACAGUUUUUACAAACACCGAAAAUGAGGAGACCUGGGCCAGUGGAAAUAACCAAAUGGGAAAUUUUGUUUGUUUUCUGAAGACAUUUGGCAUUCAGGACGCUGUAUGUGCAUACAACAUUUUUUGGGAGCAAACACAGCACUGUUUGAGUUCAUUCACUGGCCUUCAGUGAGGAGAGGACACAACUGGAACCUAAAAGCCUAGAGGGAGGACAAACUUGUUCACUUUCACAUGGAAGGCCAGUGCAAACACUGUGUUGGAUCAGUGGAUAAUCAGAUUAAAUCUAGAGCCUGAUGUGGACGCUUGUUGCCUCAGGGCUUCAUCCCAGUCCCCAUACAGGUUGUCCACUAAGCCCACUUGUGAUGAGGGGAACAGAACACUCCUUUCAUUUGUGAAAACUGCUGGACGUCUCUGAAGAGAAAAAGAUAUCAACUUUCCAACACUUAUGUGGAUCUAAUAUGGGAUUAUACUAUGAACUCUAUUACAGCUUUACUCUCCUUGGUUCUGCAGAUGGACACUCCCAACUUUUUGCCUUUAUCCAAAGGAGUAAGCUGCUGGUCUCACAAAAUGGCUUGGGAAGAUAUUUGGACAUUUCCAUGAAUAUCUGUGAACUUCAAAGUAGGAAAAUUCUUCAGUGAAUCACAUAAAAACAGGAAGAAACACUUAAAAAAAGGAAAAUAUUAUUUUUCUACUAUUUAUUAAAGAGGUAGAUUUUCAAGACAGAUGAGCAAACAGCUGUCGCCAACACAAACAAGACAGCAGUCAGGAUAGUCACACGUACCAACCCCCUUCCCAUAACCAGCGCAUCAUAUUUAGGGCUCAUUAUUUUCAGUUUUUAAUUCCCUAAAAAAACAGUGAAUGGUUGUUUAUUUCGAUUUUUUUUUUUAAUAUUGGUAAAACAACAGACCAUGUGAACACUUGACAUUUUAAUUAUUUUUUUUUAAAUAUUUUUCUCAAUGUUGUGUCACUUUGGUGCAGAAUCAGCAGCUCAUCUGCAUUUUUCUUCCAUUUGUCUGUCCACAUAUUACCAGAAGCAUCCUCUCUCCACUAGAGGAUCCUGUUUACCAUAUAGUGUAGUGACAAGUGUCCCCUUAAAGUAAGAAACAUUUUGUAGAUGAGCAUGGACCUAAAAUCCGAGUCAAAAUCAGUUCUGCUCCUUUCAAAAAAAUCCAGCUAUAUUUCAUAUAUUGACAUUGAUUUAAAAAAAAAAAAAAAAAAAUGAAAACAAUGAGCCUUAACCACAUCCUGUGUCAGAGCAUUUAGGAGGAAGUGGUGUUUGAGAUGUAGCACAUUUUACUGUGUGUUUUCACAGUUUUGAAUCACAGAGGUGCUUUUGUCUUCUGGUGAGGUAAGAUGUGCUGUGCCGAACAAGUUGCAAACGUCCUCAUUCUGGACAUGUCCUCUGUAUCAGGAGGCAGAACUUGUAUGCUUGCUGGCCUUUUAAAGCCUCCUGAGGAUGGAGGAGGGAGGAGCGACACUAACACCGGCAAAACAUUCCUGGCUUUAGUCACUGCUGGGGAUUUGGUGUGUGAGGAUAAUUGGGGACCAUCACAGAGGUCCUACGAGAUUUUCAGAGAUUGAGUGCUGUCCUCUCUAACUGCCCCAGUAGAAAAACCAGAACAGAACAGAAUGUUGUUGUUUUUUUUCACCUUAUUUUACCACAAAUUUUUGCCUCUGAGGCCAAGCUGAUAUUAUACGUGUGUUGAGGUUAUGUACUGGAUUUUGUGCAAAUCAAUUUAAAUUUCCAUUCAUGCCCGAGAUGGAAUCUCCUUCUUGUCAAAGAGAGUGAAAGAGGGAGAGAUGCUGCUGUUGAUGUACAGAGGUUACACCCAUCUGUCAGCUCCUCUGUGGUUAACCACUCAAAAUGUCUUUUCUACACAUCUCUAGUUUAACUUUUGUUUUUUUGUGUACAAGUGUAUGUGUGUGUGUGUGUGUGUGUCUGUCUGUGUGAGUGAGAGAGAGAGAGAGAGAGAGAGAGAGAGAGAGGGAGGAAAGAAUGAGUAUCCGCCUGGAAUAUUUUCAUGCAUUAUUGUAUUUUUUUCAAGAUAGUAUUAGAGAAUUAUAGGUGAAAAUUAUUAUGAUUGAGAAAUCCACUUAUUUUUAUUCUGAUGAAGAGUCACUUGACCCGAUCUGUGCUUCAUGGGUUUGAUUGUUCAACAGGUCAAAUCAUGUCUGUGUGGCAUCUGUUCAUUUCUGGGUGCCAAAAUGUCUAUUGUUCUUCAGAGAUUCAAUAUGAAGUGUAAAUACAGAAAUCACAAAUAGCUAUUAAUGUCCUGUACACUCCAUUUUUUAUGUUGGUAAGAUAACGUAUGCUUCAAAUGAUGCUCAGAUAUUUGGGUUGAUAUUUUGAAUUGUCUGUUCAUGGUGUCUCACUAUAUUUUUGAUGCCUUGGAUGUUUUUUUUUUUUUUUUAGAUUUAUUUCUCUUUAGGUCCAUAUUGGAUGGAAGUCAGUACUUGGAAAAAUUAAUACACACUUUUAUGUUUGAGAGACUUCUAGUUUUUAAAGUUUUAUUGUGUGUCUUCAAAAUGUUAAAGAAAACCUUAUCUCUCCAUGAACUGAUUUAGAAUUGCAAAAUAACGGUACAACAUCUUUUCACUGAGGUAAUGGCCAAAACAAGAACCUAGUAGUGGAUUCAGGGUUUACAGGAGACUGCUGUAAGCCGUGCGAUGGCUUUGUUGCUACUAAAGACUGUCAGCCAUUUUCAUUUACAAUCAUUUUAGUGUGCUUAACACUUCAGUAGAAUAUUUACAUUUGCACACUCAAUGUGAACUCAUUAAACUUCCACCUGAAAAUUGCUAAAUAAUUUAAAACAGAGUAGUCUUAUUUGUAGUGGAUUAAUUAUUUAAUUUGAAUUACAGAAAGGUUCAUCACCAAAGUUGAAAUUGAUAAUUUUCCUGUUUUCACCACUUUAUAUGGUACAUAAUUUCGGUUCAGUUGACGCAGUCUUGUAGCAUUUCCCAGCUAUCUGUAGAUCAAAUGCAGUCUUGCGUGUAUCAUCCCAUAUGUGUGUAUGUUGGGCAAAUUGUUUUCUCCGAAGUGGUUUGAUGUUAAAAGCAUAUUUUCUGGAGAGCUUUUAAACAGUAUUUACCAGCCGUUGUAAACAAGUAUAUGUGUGUGUCUAUACAGAACACUCUGAAUUUCAUUAAUUAAUGUACUGAAGGAACAUGUGUACAUCACCCCCCUCAUGUAUCAUAUAAAGUUAUCAAAUUGAGAUUUAUUGCAAUGUGAAUGUGAUAAAGUCCAUUUUACACUUAAA